UCCCAUCUGAUCGGAGACAAAACGUCUAUAAAUACCUUUCCACCUGAGGAAAGCGGCAGAGAUUUUCUUUUUUCUACUUUUCCGCCGCCGCCGCCGGCCGAGUGGGAAAAUGAUAUUCUGCAAGGAGGAGGAGCUGGUUCGCCGGCAGGCCAGCGGCACGUGCCCGUCAUGUGGGGGGAAAGUUGAGGCGGUGGACGUGGAGAGGAAAUGGAGAUUGUUUUCUGUUCCGCUGUGUUUCAAAAUCAAGAGGAAGUAUCUCUGUGUAAUGUGUGGUCGUCGAUUGGAGUUGAACCAUUAGUUUUCUUCUUCUUCUUCUUGUCUUUCUUUUUUUUUUUUAGCAUGGUGGAGAUUGAAAAUGUUUUUAUGAAGAUGGAGAUUGAAAUGUGAGGAAUAUUUUUAGAGAGGUAGAUUGAAAUUUGUUAAAUCAGUU